CUACUCGCGUAUUUUGAAAUGUCAAUGUUCGUCUAGACGCGGUCGUGGUUGGUCGUUUCGUGCGUGCGUGCGUGAAAUUUUGAGUAAAUACAGGAAGGUAGCAGCAGUAUAAAAAACUUGUUCGGCAACUUUGGCAAGAUUUCUCUAUCUGCGUUCGCUUCGUCGAGUGUGGGCUGUAGGAAAAGAGGCAAGAGAUCGUUCUUUUUCAGUAAAGAAUUUUCCUCUUAACAAAUUUUCACCGAUCGCUGCAAGUGCAAGCUAUUUAAAUUUUCGCGUUUUUCCUUCAACAUAAAAAGAAUCCAGAAAGUGUGUGUGGAAGUGGAAUUCGGUGUAUCGACAAAGCAACCUUCGAUGAAGAGAGCGUACAGUGAAAGAAGGGAAAUUCGAUUGCUUUGAUUCGAAUCGAGGCAUAACAAGAGAAAAUCUACCAGAAAGAAUUUGAUGCCGAAGAAGUAGAUAAAGAAAAUAAAAUAGUAAAGUGAAGAGUGAAACUAGUGCAGAUAUCAUUCCGGGGGGAAUCGAUUCCGCUGAAGGAAGAGGUAUAAUUACGAAAGUCAAUUCAAAGUGUAAAUCAAUGUGUGACAGAGCAGCUGUAAAUAGGGGAGCACAGCCAGCGCGGUUAAGUAAGCGCUGAAGGUCGGAUUAGUGUGGGGUAGGCAGCAGGUAGUAGGCGAGCCCAAGGCAGAAAAAAUAAUCAACAACAAAAACAACAACCGUGUGUGGUGAAUUGAUUUUGUCUGAAGCCGGAGAUUCCUGUGUGGGAUCGGACACAGAACCAUGGCCCGGCUUACGGAAGAAAUGGUCAUUGCGCGAUCCAAGCAGUCGGAUUUGGGUGCUAUCAAAAAGCUCAACUGCUGGGGAAGUGAACUAAGCGAUGUCUCCAUCAUCCGACGCAUGCGUGGCGUCGAAGUGCUGGCAUUCAGUGUCAACCGGAUAAGCACACUGGCAGACUUUGAAAACUGUAUAAACCUCCAGGAGCUGUACCUCAGAAAGAACAAUCUGACCGACAUCGAUGAACUUAUGUAUCUGCAGAAUCUCCCCAAGCUGAAGAACCUGUGGCUGGAGGAGAAUCCCCUGGUGGACAGUGCCGGCCCAAACUACCGACAGAUCGUACUCCGCGCGUUGCCAAAUCUCAAAAAGCUCGACAAUGUUGACGUCACCCCGGAGGAAGUAUCGGAAGCGAUGCGGGCGCAGGUCGCCCCAGCCCAGCCGAAACACGAAGCGUACGAAAAUCCUUCCCCUCCACCCCCUUCUGCAGCAGUCCAGCAGCAUCACCAGCAACAGCAGUAUCGCCAGCAAAGUCCCGUCGUCGAGCAAUCCCAAUCGACGACCCCGUCGUCAUCGGCGCCCAUGAUGCCCCCACCGCUGCAACAGAUGAGCCCGGAAAACACGGAAUCGGAGUGCAUCAGCGAUCCGGCCGAUCGUGGUUCACUUCCGUCGUCGCCACUGCAGCGAAGUCCGCCGAACCGGGAUAGUUACUCACCUCCGCCACAAACUCCGCAUGCAUCGCACUAUUCCAGUAAUCACCGCGGUUCCUACCACCAGUACGAUAGAUCGCCCGGCUCCGACCAGGACAGCCCCGUUUCCGGUUACAGAGAACGCGUCCCGAUUGCACCGAGCAUUUCGACACACUCCAUGAAGGAAUACUACCAGUCCGACUACCAGCGCCAGAACCCGCCCGCUCACUAUCGCCACAGCCAGCUUGACCUGACGGAAUGGGAAGAAGGAGGUGGCGGCGGCGGCGGUGGCCACACCCAGCAGCAGCAGCAUCACAUGAACAACAACAACGGUCACUCGUCCAGCCACAUCAACCAGUUCAACCAGCAUCCUCAGUCGAACCCGCAGUCACAACAGUACGGCAACUCCGGCCAUCCCCAGAACCGGCGGAGCAUCGGCGCCAACAGCGAACGGGAUCUUUACCAGUACCGCAACGGCAACGGCAAGGGGCCCGAUUCCCGAGACGAGUGGGAGGACGUUGACCGCCGGCGGAACGAGAAUAGGAGAUCGGAUUCGAGAUUUAACGACAGUGCAAGUGUGAUAUCGAAUGCCGUUCUGAACCACUUUGCCGGAGUACACCGGAGGCCUGUCAAUAGAAACUCAAACCUGCUCUCGGCCACGCUGUGUUUGGUGAAGGAGCUCGACUAUCCCAGCCUGGAGGUGGUCGAACAUGCCGUUCGGUGUCGCAUCGACGAGCUGGCGGAAUAAUUUUAAAUUUUGCUGAAAUCCCGAGCAAAACACCAACACCAAUCGCGCUGCUGUUUUAUAUUUUUCUUCUUCUAAUCUUCUACUAAUAGUUCUCUCAGUCUUGAAAUUUCACCCGUUUCGGGGGUGCGCGAACGAAUCGCAAUAACUUUAUUUCUUUUCUCUUCUAACAAUUCGACGUCGUCGUGCUAUCUUGUCGCACCCGCCAUUUUGACGUUCCGAGAAAAACGCGUUUUAAUGUUUGACCUUGAAUAUUCAAAAACGAGAGCACGCAAUGUAAACAAUAACAAACACGUUUUGUUUGGCUCACCAUUUUGUGCAUUGUCCCAAAGUUUGGUUGAAGUUGGUUGCUGGAGUCCCGAGUUAUAAUUACGAAUGUUUACGCUAGUCUAGCUUGUACGUGCGACAAACGCAUCCUGACUUUCCUGGCCUGAAAUCCCUUUGGCCUUUUGUCGCACUUACAUCAAUUUUCAUGGAGUGACAAGAUAGCACGACAAGAUUGAAACUACUUUCAUAUGUAAAGUGACAAAAAUCCACGGAGUUUUUUCGGUUUUUGUUGAAUAUCUCAGGAUUGAAAUCGAAUUUUGGGGAUCUGUGAAGGUCAAAAGGUGAGGCAUUGUGAGCUGCACAAAAUGGCGUUCUUAACUCAAUUUGGCCCAAAAUGCACGUACGACAAGUUAGCACGAUGGCGACGAAUUGCAAACGAGAGCAAAUAAUCCGAGAAUGGGCCUUGUCAAGAUGCGUUCAACCGCGCGAGGGAACCGUGUUAACUUAAAUUAAAAACAAUUUGUGAUUCACUUACAUUGAGAAAAGACUUAACCACAUGCCAGACAAAAGAGCAUGGAAACAACAACAGGAUCAUAUUGUCGCGCGAAUGAUCAACUCAAAUAAAACUGUAUUCAUUAGUAAAAAA